AAUGAAUCAGCUGUGAUGGCCGAAUGUUGAUAUUGCGUGUAACAUAUCUGUUUAUUUUCAUGAAUUUGUUUUCCGAGAUGUGAAGUACUUAUUUUCAAUAAUACAUCAUUAGACCAGGUGUCGGAUAUAUCUGAUUAAUCAGCAUGGUUCACAUACCAAGUACCUACACCUACGACUUUUGGUUGCGGGGUUCAUCAGACCCAUUCGUGGAACUGAGCUGCCUGAUGCCAAAUGGAAUUAUCAUUCCUCUUGCUGUUAAGAAAAAUGCCACGAUUCAGGAAAUUAAAGAGGAUCUCUGGGAAGAGGCUAGUAAAUAUCCCCUCCAUGGAAUGCUGCACGACUCGUCCACAUAUGUGUUUGCCUGUAUCAACUCUAUGGCAGAAAGAGAAGACCUGCUUGAUGAAAGUAGGCACUUAUCAGACGUCCGACCGUUUUGCGCGGUUCUUCGUCUUAUUGAACGCAAAGGGGACAAAGCUGAAAACACUCUUAACAUACAGAUAAGCCAUCUUAUUGGCAAAGGUCUUCAUGAGUUUGACUCACUAAAGAAUCCAGAAGUGAAUGACUUUCGGUGGAAAAUGCGACUUCUGGGUGAUGAGAUGGCAAGAGAGAGGCAAAACAAGCCAUGGAUAGAGAAGAUGUGUUACCAGUUCCCCCCACGACUUGCAGCCACUCCAGUUCUUUCUCCAGUUAUCAGCUCCCGACUACGUGAUGGCCAUUUUGUGCUUGUUACAAAGUUUGAGAACACGGAGACAACUUUCACAUUUAACGUUCACUACACAAUGACACCACAGGAACUUCUUCGGACAAUUCUGAAUAAGAAGGCUAUCACCCUCAAUUCUCGUGGCGAACACCCUGCUGAUUUUGUUCUGAAAGUGUGUGGGCAAGAAGAAUAUCUAAUAGGAAAUUUUCCAUUGACGCAGUUCCAGUAUGUGCAGGACAUGCUGGCAAGAGAUGGUGUACCCACACUAGUUACUGUCUCUGUUAACAGUGUCUUAGUGGAUGUGGACAAUGUGUAUGAAAACCCAGAGGAUGAAAUUAAACAUACUCGUCCUUCACCAUCAACAUUAACAUCACGUAAGAAAGGGAAGCACGUAUCUGCUUGGACAAUAAACGAGGACUUUACAUUCAGAAUUACAGCAAUCUGCAGACUUAACUGUGAUGUCAACCGAUCUGUUGAGGUUGGUGUCCAGGCAGGUUUGUUUCAUGGGGGGAAGUCUCUUUGUGAAACACAGAAGACUACAGAGAGACAGGUGUCGAAGGAAGGAAGCUGUGAGUGGGAGGAAGACUUGACAUUUGAUCUACAAGUGUGUAACAUCCCGCGUAUGGCUCGUCUAUGUCUAGUGGUUUAUGAGAUCUCCAAAACUGCCAAAGGUGUCAAAUCAAGAAAAGUGAAAGACUUGAAACAGGAGCUGUAUAUUAAUCCAUUAGCAUGGGUGAACACUACAGUUUAUGAUUUUAAGAAUCAGCUGAAGACGGGUGCUAUGACUUUAUACAUGUGGACGUAUGCCGAGGAUGUUCAAACAGAAGAUAUUUUACACCCCCUUGGAACUGUGGUCUCUAAUCCCAAUGUGGAGCAUGCUACUGCACUUACUCUCACAUUCCACAGAUACCAUGCAGAACGCACAGUGAUGUACCCUUCACCUUUACUGGAAAACACUGCUAGUCAGGAUUCAGCAUAUGACAUGCCAGGAACACCAGUUGGUCAGACGAAGAGCCACCUGGAGUUUCUGUGUCAGAUUGCUGAACGAGAUCCUCUACAUGAGAUGCAUGACCAGGAGCGCAAAAUAAUUUGGAGUCUUCGUUAUGAAUGUCUCCAUCAUGUGCCCCACCUUCUCCCUAAAUUGUUGGACUGUGUUGAAUGGAAUGAUCACAAAGAGGUGGCUGAGGUAACAGCUCUCCUUCAGAAGUGGCCAAAACUGCCUGUUGAGAAGGCCCUUGAACUACUGGAUUACGCUUAUGCUGAUCAAGCUGUCAGGAGCUUUGCUGUGAGGUGUUUGAAGGAUGUCAGCAAUGAAGACCUCUCUAUGUACUUGCUGCAGCUGGUCCAGGCACUGAAGCAUGAAUCAUAUUUAUUUUGUGACCUGGUUGAAUUCCUUUUAAGGAGAGCACUUAGCAACCAAAAAAUUGGCCACUACCUCUUCUGGCAUCUCAGGUCGGAAAUGCAAGUGGCAUCUGUAUCUGUGCGGUUUGGACUCAUUCUGGAGGCGUACUGUCGUGGUAGUCAGGAGCAUAUGAAAGUACUAGCAAAACAGAUUGAAUCCCUUGAUAAACUGAAGACAACAAGUGAGAUGGUUCGGCAGCGAAAAGACAAAGAUAAGGCUCGGAGUUUCAUGCAAGAGCACCUUGAUCAGAAGCAUAUAACAGAGUCCAUAUCUAGGGUACUGAGUCCACUAGAUCCAAGUUACCGUUGUAAAAGGGUCAAGGUGGAUAAGUGCAAGGUAAUGGACAGCAAGAUGCGUCCUCUCUGGAUUGUGUUUGAGAAUGAUGAUUCCUAUGGAGAUGAUAUAUACAUUAUUUUCAAGAAUGGUGAUGACUUGAGACAGGAUAUGCUGACACUUCAGAUGAUACGCAUCAUGGAUAAAUUGUGGAAGAAAGAAGGUCUUGAUUUAAGGAUGAAUCCUUAUGGCUGUAUCUCAACAGAUCAUCGGGUGGGUUUAAUUGAAGUAGUGCUAAAUGCAGAAACUAUUGCUAACAUUCAGAAAGAAAAAGGAAUGUUCUCUGCUACUUCUGCAUUCCGAAAAGGCUCGUUACUAGCAUGGCUGAAGGAUAAUAACCAGUCAGAAGUGUCGCUGAACAAAGCGAUUGAUGAGUUCACGAUGUCAUGUGCAGGGUACUGUGUUGCUACAUAUGUUCUUGGUGUUGCGGAUAGACAUUCAGAUAACAUCAUGGUCAAGAGAACUGGACAGUUGUUUCAUAUUGAUUUUGGCCACAUCCUGGGCCAUUUCAAAGAGAAGUUUGGUUUUCGCCGGGAACGUGUCCCAUUUGUUCUGACACAUGACUUUGUGCAUGUGAUCAACAAGGGACAGACCAAGAAAGAGGCCCUCGAAUUCCAGGUCUUCCAGAAGUAUUGUGAGCAAGCAUUUUUGGUCCUCCGGCAACACGGUAGUCUAAUCAUCUCACUUUUCGCCAUGAUGAUCUCUACAGGCUUACCUGAGCUCAGCUCUGAGAAAGACCUCAAUUACCUACGAGACACUUUAGUGAUGGAGAUGUCGGAGCAGGAUGCCCUGACCCAUUUUCGGUCAAAGUUUGAUGAGGCCCUCUGCAACUCGUGGAAGACUUCACUCAACUGGGCAUCCCAUAACAUGGCCAAGAACAACAAGCAAUAAUAAAAUAGACACUAGCCAAUGUUGGCCAUGUAGCUAAAUUAAGUGGAAUGUGUUAGUUGGUUUCAAGGAGAGGAGGUAAGUGAAAUGACUUGAAGUACAUUUUGUGAAAUUGUUUACCCCUCCAGUUCUACAGAUCAUAAUAAUGAAGAGCUGAAAGGCGCAUUGUUGGUUUGGAAAACCAUUUUUUUUAGUUCUUCACAAGAAGUUAAACUGUGUCCACAAAUGCUGUUCAGCUUUUGCCUUGGAUGUGGAUGUUAGCUCAGAAGUGCAACAUCUAAUAGAUUAUUUUAAGAUAAAAUAUUUGUAUAUUUUUUUGUCACCAGUUUGUUUUGUACAUUAUCAGUGAGCCAUAAUUUGAAUGAACAGUGCAGAACCUUUUAUGACAUCCUAAAAUCCUUUUACAUGGCAUUUUCCUUCAUACCAAGUAGUCCAAAGGAUGAAAUCAGUGAAUGGUAUGAUUUCAUAGUUCCAUUAGAACUAGUAUAAAUUGUGGUCACAGAUACCAUUUUUAUUUUUUGUAUUAUUUUGUCUUACUUUUUAUCCCUUUCCUAAAGCAAAGGGCUAAUGACUGAAUUAUAUUACUGAUGAAUAUGAAAGAGGCCUGAGUGCAAGUUGAGAAACCUUUGGGAGUAUGGAGCUAAUUAAAUCUGUGCACAGCUGUCACAUAUGUUCUCAAACUGAUGCCUAAUUUUAGAUGUAAGAUGUCAGAACAAUGAAGUAAUGUGUCCUAUACUAUCAUGAAGAGGCUAAAGACAAAAGCUUAGAAUAUACUCAGCUAUUAACAGAUUCCAGUGUAUUAGUGUUUUGUAGUGCUUUGCUGCCUUCUGGCUUAUACAAAAAUGAAGAUCAGUUGAUAAAUACAAAGAAAAGAACAACUCUUGUUCAUGUGUACUAUGGAGCUGUUCAGCAUGAGGUUUUGGUUGUGGCACAGAUGCAGUAGCAUUGCUUGCUUACACCUGAAACAAACGUGAGUAACUUGUCAAUAUAAUUGAAAUAAACAAUUUACACUGGAUGGUAGCAAUGUCAGCCCACACUACCAUAAACAAAGUACAAAUUACAUAAUCUGGAGUUUUAAUUGUGAUCAAAUGCAGUGAUGUUAUCAUGUGCAGUAAAUAGAAUUACAGUGUUUCGGAGAUUCCCCCCACCCCCCACUCAUACACACACACAUCAUGAUGAACUCAUAUAAUGAGUAGCACAGUGUGAUCAGUAUUUUGCAAGUAUAUGAGUCUCAGACCCCUUCCAGUUGUAUUUCUUAUUGACAAGUUGGAUGGCAUGAUAAGACUUCGUUGCAAUAUUCAGAAAUGUUUUUCUCGUAUUAUGAUCGUCUGUCUACUGUUCCUAUCAGACGUAUUUCUGAUGACGUUUCAGUACGCUGCUGAGAAACUUGGAAUGAUUUGUGCUUGGGUGAAGAGGUGGGGAGACACCUACUCAGUUGGAUCAGUUAAAAGUGGAUCCAAUUGUGUAGGUGCCACCCCACUUUUCCACAUGUGGACAGAAGCAUGUUAAGUUUCUGAAAUAUGUUUGGUUUGGAAUAGUAGACAGUGGACAAAAUCCAGAAACCCAGUAGUACUGAGCUUUUCUUCUUAUCCAAUUUUCAUUCCGAAUACAUCCACAUUAUGCAUGGGAUAUUUUUCCUUUCUGAUGUGCUUGUUCUGCACAGGUAGUUAGUGAAUAAUUCACGAAGAAUAAUACUGUCACAUCUCCUGGUAAUGCAACAAAAAAUUAAUGGGAUUUGGAUUAGAUGAAGCUGUUUAUUGGAUAAGUCGUUCGCAAUUACAAUUACAAUCACUCUGAAAUAAUGUCUUCUAGUCGAUGCAACCUGUUUAGUCUGUUCUCUCUCACGUUUCGUCUUCUGGUUCUUGGUUGAGGUGGUUUCUUCUUCUCUGAUCUAAUCUCUGCUCCUUCUCUGAUGUGAUCUGACCUCUUAUCUUCUACAGUCAGACGGACUAGAAGACACCUCCUUGAAGGGUUUUGUUUCCCGUGAUAGCUAGUGUAUCGGUAGAUAGUGUGUAUUUGUUGUCACAGGAAAUUCACUAGUUAGCCAGUGUAUUCAUUGCCAUGGAAACUUCACUAGUUCUUGUUUUUCACUUGUGUGGUAAUAUCUGUUACGUAUGCACUGUCUCGGAAAUGUGUUUUAACAAGCCGUUGUCUAGCAAUGGAUGCCCUGCUCUGACUGAAGAUAUUCUGGCUUUUAGACAGCACACCACAAUAUUCUAUGCCAUAGGCUACAAUAAUAUUUCUCAGACUAUUAGUAAAAUCACAAUUGCAUUUACAACAUCCUUUGACACUUAGAAAUGUAAUUGUUUGCAUAUAUGAGAAAUUAUCUAUGUUUAAAACCAUGCUUGAACUAUCAAGUUAUAACUGCACUCCAUUCUAAAAAGUUUAAAAUAAACUGUAUUUAACAUACAGAGUUAAAUGUGGCAACAAAAUGUAAUGAGCUCUGUUGUGGAAUUUUUGCAUGUUAUGAAUGAUACUCAUUUUCUGCAGAAUAAAGAAUUAUUAAAACAGAUAAUCAUUGGUGGUUUCACUGUGGAUUAGAAGUGAACAUACAUUUUAGCCGGUUUCA